UACUAUUUAGUUUACUCAAUACUUUCUAUAUUUUUACGCUUCACGUAUCACAAAUCAAAACAAAUAGCGUAAAUGCUGUGAUUAACAAAUAUCACGACUUAUUAGAUAUACGUAUAUAUAAUAGAGUCGCAUCGAUGAUCGAAUAUUUUUGUUUCGCAGUGCCGUGCCGCGUCGUGCAGGACGGACUCCUGUUAUUGUUUGUUGUUUUAGUUCGUGCGCAGUUAUUUUCGCUUUCAGGACAAUAUUGCUAAUUGUUUAUGCCUAUAAUGAUAUCUUCUUCUGAUCUUAUGAAGGCGGUCGGACGCAGCGGGAGGCUGGUGCCGUUCUUCAAGGCAGUUUGCGUAUACUUCGUGGUGGGCGGCGGCGCGCCCUCGCUGUCGGCGGCGGCGCUCAAGUGCGCUCCCGUGCUGUGCCUGCUGCUCUGCGUGCUGGUGCGGGCGCACACAGCGCCGCAACCACAACGGUGGUACGCGCACUGCGUGGCGACGGGCCUGGCGCUAUCGGCGGCGGGCGACGCGCUGCUCGUGUGGCCGCAGCACUUCGUGGCGGGCAUGGUGGCGUUUGCGGGCGCGCACGUGGCGUACAUCCUCGCCUUCGGCUUGCAGCCGCGCGCGUACGGCGCCGCGCUGGCGCUGUUCGCGGGCGCGCUGGCCUACGUGCGCGCCGUGCCCGCGCCCGCGCCGCUGCGCGCGCUCGUGCCGGCCUACGCGCUGCUGCUCGCCGCCAUGGCGUGGCGCGGCUCGGCGCGCGCCGGCUACCAGCGCCCCGGCGCUCUCCUCUUCCUGCUGUCCGACGCCAUCCUCGGCUACGGCCUCUUCGCCGAGCCGGUGCCUUACAAUCAGGCGCUGGUGAUGUCGACGUACUACCUGGGCCAGCUGGGCAUCGCGCUGAGCGCCCUGGAGCCGGCCCGCGCGGUGGCCGCGCCGCAGUAGCGUCGGGCUAAGCUAAGAUGACUUCUGAGUUCUGACGAAUGUUUAAUUGGAUAAAAAAAAUACAUUUUUAGAGUACAGAACGUACAGUAUUAUUGUAUUUAUAUAAAAGGAGCACAGGUCACGAUCGCGGUGAAUGCGUCUGUGUUAUGUUUUAUACGUAUUCACCUUCGACUCGGUCGACCCUCGAAGCUUGGAGCGGUCGCAAACGCGCAGUGCCAAAUGAUCGAGCCUACCACUAGUGUUCCCUAUCUCGGCACUCGUUACCACUACACUCCCUUCGAACGCCACCCUAGUCCGGACAAUCGUCCGGUCCUCUUACAUAUCCGGUUCCGCAAGUCUUCCCACUCUGACCGCGUGUGUCGUCGUUCGCGUACCGUACGAGUAGGUACCUACACGGUACGUUAGUGAUAAGACUGAUCCCUUAUAUUUUUGUAUAGACUAUCUUUACUGCUGGACGAGUGAAUCCAGUGCGAGCGCACUG